GCAUGAGUGAGGGAUGAGUAGGAAGGGAGGGAAAGAAAGAGAGAAGGGGCCAGAUAUGAACACAUACCACAUCACAGUAGUAGAUUGCAGGCACAGCGUCAGAGCAGAGAGGAUAUAGCCGCAUAGAACCAAAGCCAGCACUAUCAUUAGACACUGAAUCAGGAGUAUAGCAUUGGAUACCAGCUGUACCGUGCUACCUAAAGCUGGAGACAUACACUGUGUGUGGAAGAGAGGCUGUACAUGUAUACAGAGAGAACAGCACAGCGUGAUACAGCCCUGGAUAAGUGUGUCGUUAAUGAGAAGAGUUGGGGAGAAUGAGUCUUGACCCUGUUCAGGUCAUGAAGGGGCAAGACCCCUUGCCCAAAACCUGCCCGUCAGCUUCAAACGGUGAUAGCAAAGCAUCCUGGGACGACAACAAGGAUAUCCAUGAAAAUGUGGGUUCUACAAAGAAGCCCAAACCAGGACCUGUGAGACGGGCCAGGAAGGUGGAGGGAGGCAUAUUCUUUCCCAAACCAGAGAACGCGGUCACCAUUGCUGUGUCGUCGAGGGUUCUGUUCCGCACAGAGAAAGAGCAGAAGGUGUUUGAGCAGAAGGGAAUAGAGGAGUACCUCAGGUAUCAGGUGGAGCACGAAAAUGAGCCCUUUGCUCCUGGCCCAGCAUUCCCAUUUGUUAAGGCACUGGAAGCAGUAAAUAGCCAGUUGCGGAAGCUCUAUCCAGAUAGCGAGGAGCUUUUUGACAUUGUGCUAGUAACCUACAACCAUGCUCAUGUAGGCAUCAGACUCAUCAACACCAUCAACUACCACAAUCUAUUCAUUGAGCGGUUCUGCAUGACAGGCGGUAGCAGCCCCAUUGGGUACCUGAAAGCAUGGCAUACAAACUUGUAUUUGUCUGCCGAUACUGAAAAGGUUCAGGAAGCCCUCGCUGAAGGGAUUGCAGCAGCCACCAUGUUUAUGUCAGAAAAACAAAUUGAGGUGUCCGAGACCCAGCUGAGAGUGGCAUUUGAUGGUGACGCUGUUCUUUUUUCUGAUGAAUCUGAGCGUAUUUUUAAAGCCCACGGCCUGGACAAGUUCUUCGAGCAUGAGAGGGAAAAUGAAAACACAUUGUUAGAUCAUGGGCCACUGAAAGGUUUCCUGGAAGUGCUCGGGAAACUUCAGAAGAAAUUCUACGCUAAAGGCCACCGUCUGGACUGUCCCAUCCGCACCUACCUCGUGACGGCCCGCAGCGCAGCCAGCUCAGGCAUCCGUGCCUUAAAGACUCUCCGUGCCUGGGGACUAGAGACAGAUGAGGCUCUUUUCCUGGCCGGGGCACCAAAAGGCCCCAUGCUGGAGAAAAUACGGCCCCACAUCUACUUUGAUGACCAGAUGUUUCACGUGGAGGGCGCUGUAGAGAUGGGUGCCAUUGCCGCCCAUGUGCCCUAUGGGAUUGCACAGAAAUACCCUCAUAAAAAAAGCACCAAUACAGGAAAAUAAGAAAGAAAGGAGAAAAUAUGAAGAGCGACCUUCAAGUUGCAGACAUUUUUAUUUUGUAAACUCGGUUGUGCACUCAUUGGAUCAGGACCUCCGUAUUCUUUUGCAUUAUGAAUGAAAUUUGACCAAUGUGCCUCUGUUGAAGCACUGCAAUGAACGGUUAUUUUCAUCUAAGCAUAUGUUUCUCAGAGAUAGUUUGUCGAAAUAUACAUGACAUCAACUUACUGUAAAAAAGGAAUGUGUGCUGCUAUUCUUAUUUGUAAAGUGAAUAUGUAAAGUGACAAAAGAAAAAGGAGUGAUACUGACAUGGUGAUUACACAGUGUGUGUUUUGAACCGCACUGUAUAAUUCAGCAAUGGACUGUGAUGGUGUUCUUGUUUAUUACUGUAGAUGGUGUUGUGUGAGCAAAACUACAGUAUUCUUUCAUGUAAUCUAAUGUAUAUGGUCGUAUAUAAUGGAUGGAGUGUUAGUCUGUAAUGUAAUGUUAAUAAGAAGCCAUAAUAUUUUAUGAGAAGAUGAAAUAUACCAGAAAGCCAUGAGUAGUGAAUGAUAUAUUUAAAGUGAUAACUGUACUUUUUUUGUUUUCUCAUCUGCAUUCAAUAUAUACU